AUGGAGCAGCUGCCCACCAACCUCCAAGUCCUGCUGCAGGCAGCCGAGUACGUGGAGAGGAGAGAGAGGGAAGCUGAACAUGGAUAUGCCUCCAUAUUGCCUUGCAAUACUGCCACUCCUGGGAGAAGAAAACGACAGAGAACAAACAGCAAUCCAGACAGCAUUAGGUCUGUUCACAAUGAGCUAGAGAAACAUAGGAGAGCACAGCUACGGAGAUGCUUGGAACAACUGAAGCAACAAGUUCCUCUGAGUGUGGACACAUCACGACACACAACACUCAGCCUCUUGCACAGAGCCAGACAGCACAUCAAAAAGUUGGAGGAUCAGGAGCUAAAAGCAAAGCAUCUUAAGGAAAAACUGAGAUCAGAACAGCAGAGGCUCCGCCAGAGAUUAAAACAACUUCUACCCUCCAAUGGCACUGAACGAAUCCGAGCUGAUAGCCUAGACUCCUCUGCCUUAUCAUCUGAGAGAUCAGAUUCUGAUCAAGAGGAUUUGGAGGUUGAUGUGGAAGGAAUAAUCCUGAAUGGUAAUGAAGGAGACCUCUUUGUGUCUUUCAGUGCUGGCAUGGAGCACAGUUACUCCACUCCUGCUCAUGCCUGGUUAUGA